AGCUGAACCGUCAAAACAUAAACAGAGCAGUCAACCUUGUGUCAACGCAGUUAGCUCGGGUUAUAGUCUGUCUUUUACCAAAAAAAUCUUUAUGCACGCAUUCCUAAUGUCGUGUAUUUACGGUCAGAAAAUCCCUAGUCAAGGCACUUAGCUCAGCUGCUAAGUAGCGAGGUGGAGAAAAUAAAUCUGCAAUAAAGAUUAGGACUAAACUAAGAAGUACGCCUCGUCGGGCCUUCAAGUAGAGGUUCUUCCUCGGGUCGACGCAGGACAAAGGAGACAGGAUGGCUGAGGCUGACGGCAAAUCCACUGCGCUUAACGGUGGCUCUGAAGAGAAAGAACCAGGAGAAGAUCAAAACAAAGAGACAGACGCCUCUGCAAGCAAAGAGGGACAAACACAGUCUUCUUCUCAAGAUGCUCCCAAAGAAACAGGAGAGGCGUCUGGAGACAAGCCUAUGCCAGAUGUGGAUGUAGAGACCGGCGCAAACAGAGAGGGAGAGGAUGAAGAAGACACAGACAGCAUGGAUGGCAGCGGCCUUUAUUCCCUGACUGAGGACGGUGAAAGAGAGAGCGAGGGCGGCCGACGGGAGAGAGCAAAGGAUAAAGACGGCGGGAAAAGGGCGGCUAGAAAGAGGAAUAGACCUGGCGGUGGUACCAAUCACUCCACCAGCUCAGAGGACGAUGACGAUGAGGAUGAAGAAGAGCAGAAAGAUGAUGACGAUGAUGACGAGGCUAUGGAGGCGUGGCUGGGAGCAGAGCUCCGUGACCUGCGUGGCCCUAUAUGGCGGGCCAUACCCUCACUGCGCUCCAGGGAGAUCGGCAGGGACUCGCAUCAGUUUGUGAGGCGUGUGUGUGGGGCCCGCGGUCUAGUGCAGAGGCUGGAGCUCCAGGGCCGACUGGAGAGGCACACGGGCUGCGUCAACACGUUGCACUUCAACCCAUCAGGCACACGCCUGGCUUCAGGCAGCGAUGACCUGCGGGUCGUGAUCUGGGACUGGGCUAUCCGUCGUGCUGAGCUGGAGUUUGACAGUGGCCACAAGAGCAACGUCUUUCAGGCAAAGUUCCUGCCUCACAGUGGUGACUCCACCUUGGCCAUGUGUGCUCGAGACGGUCAGAUCAGAGUGGCUGAGCUCUCUGCCACACAGCGGUGCAAGAACACCAAGCGGGUAGCACAGCAUAAAGGGGCAGCACACAAGCUUGCCCUGGAGCCAGAUUCCCCCUGCUCCUUUCUUUCUGCUGGAGAGGAUGCUGUGGUGUUUGGUAUUGACCUGCGUCUUGACCGCCCUGCCAAUAAACUGGUGGUUGUAAAGGAGGGUGAUAAAAAAGUGGGGCUGUACACCAUUUUCGUCAACCCAGCAAAGACACACCACUUUGCUGUGGGCGGAAGAGAUCAGUAUGUGAGGAUUUAUGACCAGAGGAAGAUCAAUGAGAAUGAUAACAAUGGUGUACUGAAAAAGUUUUGUCCUUCACAUCUGGUAUCCAGCGAGUCCAAAACCAACAUAACUUGCCUUGUGUACAGCCACGAUGGCACAGAGCUCCUGGCCAGUUAUAAUGACGAGGACAUCUACCUGUUUGACUCCAACCACAGUGACGGGGCUGACUACCGCAGGAGAUACAAGGGACACCGUAAUAAUGCUACAGUGAAGGGCGUGAACUUUUACGGUCCGUGCAGUGAGUUUGUGGUCAGCGGCAGUGACUGCGGACACAUCUACCUGUGGGACAAGCACUCUGCUCGCAUCGUCCAGUUUAUGGAGGGAGACAGGGGAGGAGUGGUGAACUGUUUGGAGCCACAUCCCCACCUGCCGGGUAUGGCCACCAGUGGGCUGGACCACGACAUCAAACUGUGGGCGCCCACAGCUGAAAGCCCCACGGGACUCAAGGGUCUAAAAGAGGUGAUGAAGAAAAACAAGCGGGAGCGGGAUGAGGACAGCGUGCGCCACGGUGAGCAGUACGAUACCCAGCUGCUGUGGUUCCUGAUGAGACACAUGAGGAACAGACGGCCUCCGAGGGCUCGCCGUGAGGGUGCAGACGCAGACACAGAUGAGUCCUGGAGCUCUCCAGAUUCCUCUGAUGAAGAGGAGGGAGGUCCAGACCACGUCCAGUGCAUGUCCUCCUGAGCCACACACACACACACACACACACACACACACACACACACACACACACACACUUACAUAAAUACACACUUUAUUGCCCUUGAAUUGAUGCACAUAGGCAAGCACUAUUGACACACUGGCACACUCAAACACUGACGAGCCACAGACUUUUUUUUUUUCUUUUUUCAGUUUUUACACACAUACAAACAUAAAAACACACAUUUACUUAAACAUACUUUUGAGUGACAGAGAUGCUUAACGCCUGGUUUCCCAGCAGUUGUGAGUGUGCAAAAGACGACUACAGACUUGCAUACACACUACCAGAAUCCUGAUUUUUGAGAAUUGUACAAAGAGGUGUCUAGUGAGUGCUUACAUCCCUAUAAACCACUCGGAGGCCCCUGCUUGUCCAUACAUUAUCUAUAUGCUCUGCAUAGCCCCAGAACAAUGUACUGUGAGUGUAUGGCAACAAGCACCUCCUCUUUAGAUACCCUGUAGGAAGCUAUACAUCACCAGCACACGAUCCCCCACUCUCUUAGUAACACACCUCUCGCUCUCCAGCUCUCUGUGCUGAUGAAGGGAGGUUCAGCAGGGAGGAAGGGUGCAGAAUCGUACCUUCAAACUAUCCCCUAAAUGUGACUUCCUUUUAAGAUUUGAAUUCAGAGGGAAACCCCAGCGUCCCCUCACGGCAUCGCCCCAGUCUCUUACUGAUUUCUGGCCCCGAGUUUGUGCAGCAGGUUGCAUUUUUCACUCAUUUACUCUCCGAGGACUACUAAAUCCCUACAUGCUGCAUCACCCUACAUGCUGCCCCUCGAAGCUACUCCCUCGCCUCCUCUUUCCAUCACGCUCCCCACCUCACUACUGAGUGCACUUUGAAUCAGGGACGCUUUAGUUUGAGACACAGACAAAACGUGCACUGAGUGUGUGACUUUGGGGGGAAAGAGCUGUAUCAUUCAUUGGAAAACCAACAGUUAAGUUUAUUUCUAUUGAUUUUUUUCUUUUCUUUUUGGAGUGGGGAGACAUUUUGCACUUAAGAGUUUUUUGACUGAGGAAAAGGAGAGUUUUUUUGCUUCCACCAGCCUUUUCCUCUUUCUCCUUCCUCUUCUUCCUCUCUCUCUCCAUCCUGACACCCAUCUGACAGGAAUUCAGAUGUUGAGGUAGAUGGUGUUCAGCAUGUGCAAAGGACAAGGACUGAUGUUGGUAUCUGUUGGGGGAACUUAUUUUAAAGAGCCAGAACCGACCUGGAUCAAAUCCCAAUUGAACACUGCCUAUGUGCCAAUUGAGAUUAGAUUAAUAAUGUGGUUCCUUAAUCCUUUAAAACCUGGGCAAAUUGGAUUGAUAUGUUUCAAAAACAUGGAAAGAAGGCAAUGACUACAUCUAAG